CCUUAAUGUUUGCAGUUAAUAAUAACAAUUGUGUUUGUUUCGUUGGAGAUAAAUUAGAUGGAAUGACAAUGGAGAGAGAGAAGAAUGCGGCUCCAUAUUCAGCAUCAAUAAACUUGUGCAUGGAAGUGAGAAAAAUUGCUUGGUUUUGCAUGUUAAAUUCAUUGCAAAUUUAUUCAGGAUCAGAAAAAUUAUCAUAAACAUCGUUGCCCAUCGCUAACACCCAUCUAUUGACCUCUCUCAUGCUUUUAUCAGUUAAACGGUUGCUAAACAAUUUCCCUACAAUAAUGGAAAGCUAGUAAAGAAGUGGUUAGCUAUGACUGAUUGAGGCGCAUCUACAUUUAAAAGCUAUAAACAGACAGACUGA